UGGUUGCCGUUCGCUCCGCCCCUUCCACUCCCUCCGCGCCCUGCGCUGUCAGGCGGCUUUCGGCAGCGGUCGCGGACCCUGGCCGCGGGAGGAGGGGCAGGGAGCCCGGGCGGCGCCGCCCGCAGCCCCGCAUAAAGCGGUUGUAGAGCCGGGAGCAGCGCUCGGUCAAGUCAGUCUGUGCUGUUGGCUGGGUGUAGUGGCGGGGGACGGUUGGUGCGUGCUCCUACGGGGGCCUGAGGCCUGAAGCGGGUCAGUUCGCGCCCCGGUGUGGGGAGCGUGCUGGGGGAGCGGUGCUGCGCUCCUCGCGGACGGUUCUGGGGGGGGUGUCGGUUGGGGUGUUGCGACUUGAGGGGAGGGAUGGCAUGGCGCUCAACUCUGAGGGGAUCCGUAGGAAGAGUGGGUGGUCUGGGGAGCGGGACGACGCCUGCAGCUUUCCUGGAGGGGGAUGGCAGCGUGCCGUGUGGCGGUGAGGCGGGGAGAGAGAGGCUUGCGUGUCGCCGGGGGGUGACCGAGGUGCCCACAUGGCCUGGAGCGGGGGUAUCUUGCCGGGAGGGCAGCAGGCGCGCAGAGCUUUAGGCGCUGCUGCUGCGGCCGCCGGGCCCGGGCUGUCACCAGGUGAGGUUGGUUUGGCGGGCUGCUGGCCGGGGGCACGCCCGGGCGGCGGGUCUGUUUAUUUACGUGCCUGCCGAAAGCCCUCGCCCGGGGCGGUCCGGCGCCUGUCGUGUUAUGUAAGUGGCUGGGAGGCUGGGACGGGCGCGCCGCCUCCCGGCCGGGAGCCGCCCUCAGUGCUGCGCCGUGCGGGGCUUGCGGUGGGGUAGCCGCCCGUGGCGGGCGGGGAGCGCUCAGUAAGUGCCCUUUAGGCCAGUCAGCGCGUUGCGGCGGGCUGGACAGUCUACGGCGCUGGUUGGUGGUGGGGGGGUGUUUGCUCUGCUCUUUGUGUCUGCUCUGCACUAAAGGAACACACUAACAAUACUAACAGGUUGUGUUUUGCUAUUCUUGAUCUCGUGGACUAAUGAGACAACUCCGGAUUAAUUUUGUUACUUGCUUCCUAACCAGGCGGUUGCAGGAGGCACAGAUUAAUUUUCCUAUUUUUUUCUUUCUUUUAUAAUCGAUAGCUUGUAUUGUAGAUUGUUAAUUGUUUUAAUUCAUUAAAGCAUGCACUGUUAGAUGGAGAUUAGCCUUCAAAAUAUUUUAAAUGUUAGAGUGAAACAGUUGACAAGUGGAAUUAUUUUUCAAUAAUAAAUUUUUCCUUAGAUUUUUAUAUAUAUAUAUUCUAGCAGUGUUGCCUCUAAAAUUAGUAUAGAAAAUAUUAUAAAAUCAGGGGAGUGCUGUUUGUCUUGAAUAGAAAUGACUCAUCUAAACUGCCACGCAGCUAAUCUCUUAGUAAAGGUGGUUACUCCUCAAUAAAAUGGAUACAGGGUUUGAAAAACCUUUUAAAAAGUUGUUUGUUGUUGUCUUGAGUACUAAGAGCUGUGGGAAGCAUAGUACAAGUUAUUUGUCCAUGUCAUUUCUAAGUGAGGAAUGUUGGUACGAUCAUACACAAAGAGCUAAAUUACUACCAGGUUGAGAUCUUGUCAGCCACACCAAUAAUAACGAACAACGCUUUAGCAAAGAGGAAUCAAACCGACGCUGUUACGGUUUACUUGCAAAUGUGCCCCAGGCAUUUCCUGCAUUUUCAAGAACUGUCUGCAAAACUGCUGUGACAUAGCUAUGAGAGAAGAGUCUGCUACAUGAAUAGGUAUUUAAGAAAUGCUGAACACCUUUAAGUUCUUGUUAUUUAAAAUACAGCAGAUGCAUUAUAGGUGAACAUAGUAUGUCAGAUAGGGAUCUUGUGUUUGAUUACCAGGGCUGGCUUGGCCUUGCAAACAGGUAGUUUGGUACUGUAAAUAACAUCUUAAAGAUACUUUUUUCUCUAUUUCUACAUAUUAAUAUGAUGCUGUUUCAAAAAUAGUAUUCGGGCUUUGCUUCUUUCUAAAUGUCAGUAUAGCCCUAUUGGUAAAAUUCCUGUCUUGGAAUCAGAACAGCAUGUCCAAAUCUUGUAUGCAAGUUUGUUUUCUGUCCAGUGUUAAUACUGCAAUGCAGUAUGAGAGAGCUGCUGACUUUGUGGUUGUCCUUUCUCACGCAGUCAAGGUGUGGGGGGAAAGGAGGGGGCAGGAAGAACCUUCUGGUUGUUUGGGUGAAAAAUGAGUUGAUGCUGUAAUGUUUCUAAAAAUUCUCCUGCAGUUGUUAGAGUGAAUGUCCUGACAAGCAUAUCCUCUUUGUUCUAAAACCCUGGUGUUGUCAACUAUUACUACUUAAUUUUAUUACAUACCUAAUUUAUUACUUUAGAUGUACUUUAUAAUAUUCUGAUACCUUGUUAGGACCAACCACAAGCAACAAAAUUUGUUCUUUGUACUGUGAGUUUAAUCGGAUUUGAAUAGAUACUUAAAUAUUAAAGGUAUAGCCUGAAGUAAUGCGAGUUGAUAUUUUUUAGGCUCGAGAGUCUAAUGCUGUGAGUAAAAAUGAUGAAACUGUCUUCUAAUAGCAGUUUUGUGUUGUUAGGCUCAUAUCUCUUUGUUCAGCACAGCAUCAGAUCUAAUGCAUGGUGGAUUUUCUAUUGCUGUGUAUAGUACAGCUUUCAAGAAGGUAAAAUAUAAGUACAGUACCUUCUCCCACAGUGCGUGGUAGUACUCACACACAGGCUUCCCAAGGGAGAUUGCAUGGGGCUGUGGUGCCCCACAUCAGCCCUGUUCCUCCAGUGUGCAUUCUGAGCUGUCGAGUGACUUGGCUGGGACUGUGGCACUUUUCCCCUGCUUCAGGCCAGAGUUGGACCUCUCUGUGGUGUUGUCUGUACUUUUAAGGUGGAGAAUGUCUGCUCAAAAUCAGAAAAAUAAAAGUAAAAAUACUACAGCCUUCUAGUUCUUACCCCUUUGAUCUUUAUCUGCAAAAAAACAGAGCGAUAUUUUGAAAUAAUGGAGCAUAUGUUUACUUUUUGCAGUACCAGUAGUCUGCACUGUGGUCUGUGAUGAAAUGUGUGCUAAUGGUAUGAAAGAACCUGUUUGUGCACAGAUGGUCUUUAUUUUUCUACAGAUAACUAAGCAAGUUCAGUAAUAUAGUGGUUAUAAAUAUUCCUACAUUAAGAACCAAAUGUUUGAAACUAUUAAAAUGCAUUACGGGAAUAUCAUGGCACCUAGGUACCUAGAUGUCUCAUUUUAAUUGUUUAUCUAAUUACCUUUGAAAAAUCCCAUUAAGUACCUAUAAAAAACUUACAUACCUGGAUAUCUUAAACACUCAUUAAAAAGCUACUUUUACAAGCUGUAUUUUACUGUCAUUGAAAAAUCUGUGUUGUGUAUUAUCCAGUCAUCCUUAAACAUAAUGUUAUCCAAGAGAGUUUUGGGUCGAUAGCUUUACAUCAGAAAUUUCUACUAAUGCUUUGUUAGAUAGGGUUUUGGGUCUUUCUCAGGAGUGAGGGGGGAGAAAUGUAACACGGUGUAUUUCAAUGUAAGUCUGCUGCUUUUUGGCUUUCUCAUCAGCAUGUUGCCAAAUACUAAGUCCAUGCAAAUGAUCGAGGUCUCAAAUUAUCUGUGUCAUCUACCUUCUAGGAGCUUAAAUGAAGUUGGUUUAGUUGAUACUCCAGCCUAAAUGAAGUUGGUUUAGUUCAUACUCCAUUAGAAGCAUCCUAGAGAAGAUAGAAGUUAGAAACUUUUGGAUUGUCUUCAUGUAUGUUAAUAGUUGUACUUGAUGAUCUCAAAGGUCUUUUCCAACCCAAAUGAUUCUCUGAUUCUAUUUUAUGAUUCUAGGUACUGGAAGAGCAGCAUUUUGCUCUUCUCUUAAUCUUGGAGUUAUUUUUGUUAUGAGCUCUGACUAUUUUCAAUAUAAAUCUUCCCUUCCCCCCCAAUUUAGAAAGCCAGUGUAGAAUUUCCUGAGACUUGGUGUGUCUCUUCUCUCUUCCACCAUUAGAUGUCAAUGUGUAUUUUUCCUUCUAGAGCUAAGUAUAACCAACCAUUUUGCAACCCUUACAGCCAACUCACAGUUGAUAAAGUCAGCUUUUCAUUCAGAUCUAUCUUAAUAUCAUUACCUAAAGUUUCCUGCCUAAUUUUGAAAGCCUUCUGUCCAUACAACAAAGAAAGUUCAAGGCUUUCAGGCUUGUAAGUCUCUGCAGUAGGGAAAAAAAAAAGUGAUUGCAUUGUACUUCAAACCUGUCUCAAUCAUUGCCCUCGUAACACUCUAGUUAGAAGUCAGAGCCUUGCAAACCUAUUUGAGUUGCUAUUAAAAAUCUCAUUUGUAUUGAUAGAGAGCAUGUCAUUUGACUUUAUGAAUGCUAUGAAUAUUUAUGAGUCUAAAAUUUGUUCAGUGUUUGCAAGCUAGACUGUUGUCAGGAUUGUCCCAGAUUACUUGAUAUGUAUUUAUCUAAGCUUGAAAUACUGCGCGUAAGAUGUGGGACAGCAGCCAGCCAGUACCUCUUGAAAUAUAUUGGAAAGCUUAAGGAAAUUAAGGGGGGGAGCGUGUGUGUGUGUGAAAUCUACUAAAGCUGAAGGGUCAUGAGGGGGUUUUAUAUACCACCAGAUCUGUAAGUCAAAAGGUUCAAAUGAACUUCGAGCUUGUAAUUAUUAAAUUAUUUCUGUGUUCUGGUAUAUUUUGACUACAACCAAAAAUUAUCUUGGUCUUCUCCAUCCAUGAUGACCUCUGCUACCUCAUUUUAGAGGAAAGCUAUGCUGUUUUGUUAUACGUUAAUAGUUGGUCGUGUUAUGCCAGAAGGAGAGUCUGAAACAUCUUCUUUUCUCUUCUUCCAAGUGCCAUUAGGGGUCCAGCACUGUUUGCUUGCAUCUUCGUAGAAGUGCCCUUCUAGAAUCAUGAGGGGGAGAGCUUAGGUUCCCUAUUAUUUAGGGAAGUACAUCAACUCCUGUUGCUCUUGUACCCCUUCAGCUGCCCACGAGGAGGAGAAAAGUGAAAAGAAAGCUUUAUAGGCAAUAUUAGAACAAAGAGUACAUUGUUUUAUCUUCUGUUCAGCCUGUAGGAUACUAUGCUUAAAAUCUUUGUUGCUUUUGUUUUGAGUGUAUGAAGGCAAGUAAGUGGAUUUCUGAAACUGCAAGAUUCCAAGUCACUUUUCUUCCCAUCUAAGACCAUGAAGAGAGCUUUGUCUUGUGGCAGGGGAACCAAGAUUGCACAUGACCCUACCGACUAGGCUGUGCAUCUCACCCCUGCUCUAGAAGCCUUGCAGGCAGCCUAUUUUAUACAGUGAGGUUGGUUGAUGGGCAGGGUUACCUGAGUCAAGCUUUUGAAGGCAGGUCAGUACAGCUCCAGGACUCAGAGUGCUGCUGCUGUGCAGUCACCAUCUCCUUGGGAAGCCUCCAGAGAUUGUGAAAGGAGAUUUCAACUAUCCUAAGAUAAGUUUUGCAAGUAUGACUUCUUCUCAAGUCAGUUUUGAAGUAAGAGGACCAUCAGUACCAGGAGAGGUUUUCGCAAUAUGCGGAAGCUGCAGUGCUUUGGGAAAUUGGAAUCCACAAGUUGCAGUGGUCCUCCAAACUGAUGAUCGUCAAUUAUGGAAAGCUACUGUAGAGCUUCCUAGAGGAGUUCCUGUUCGGUAUCGGUAUUUUAAAGGGUACUUCCUAGAACCUAAGACUAUCGAUGGUCCCUGCGAAGUCAUAGUUCACACGUGGGAGACUCAUCUACAACCACGAUCAAUUACCCCUUUAGAAAAUGAAAUUACUAUUGACGACGGAUACUUUGGAAUCCGUAAUGGUAUUGAAACUGUGGAUGCUGGGUGGCUGACAUGUCAAACAGAAAUAAGAUUACGUCUGCAUUAUUCUGAGAAACCACCUGUAGUAAUAUCUAAGAAGAAAUUUAAAACAUCAAGGUUUAGAGUAAAACUGACUCUAGAAGGACUAGAGGAAGAUGAGGAUGACGAAGAGGGCCAAGAAAAAAUAUCCCCUACUGUCCCUCAGAAAAUGGCAAACACUGUGGAGUUCUCCUUAAUAAGUAACAAUGAAUAUAAAUGUCGACACUCUCAGCCAGACUGUGGUUAUGCCUUGCAGCCAGAUCGAUGGAUAGAAUACACUAUACAAACCAUGGAGCCUGAUAACUUGGAGUUAAUCUUUGAUUUUUUUGAGGAAGAUUUAGGUGAGAAAGUAGUACAAGGCGAUGUGCUCCCAGGUCAUGUAGGUUCUGCCUGCCUCCUGUCAUCCACAAUUGCAGAACUCGGAAAGAGUGCUGGAAUUCUUACACUUGCUAUUAUGAGCAGAAAUCCAAGGAAGACAAUUGGAAAAGUUAGAGUGGACUACAUAAUUAUUAAGCCAAUCCAGGGAUAUACUUGUGAUAUGAAGGCUUCAUAUGCAAAAUAUUGGAAACCAAGAACAACUCUAGAUGUUGGACACAGGGGAGCAGGAAAUUCUACAACAACAGCUAAACUUGCUAAAGUUCAAGAGAACACUGUUGCCUCUCUGAGGAAUGCUGCUAGUCAUGGAGCAGCAUAUGUGGAAUUUGAUGUACAUCUCUCUAAAGAUCAUGUGCCUAUUGUAUACCAUGAUCUCACAUGUUGCAUGGCCAUGAAAAAGAAACUGGAUACAGAGCCUUUGGAACUGUUUGAGAUUGCAGUCAAAGAACUCACGUUCGAUCAGCUGCAGUUAUUGAAGCUGGCUCACGUGACUGCCCUGAAAGUGAAAGAUCACAAUGCAUCUUUUAAAGAAGAAGAAAACUCUGCUUUUGAGACCCAGCCAUUUCCUUCUCUGCAGAGAGUCCUGGAGUCUGUUUCUGAAGAUGUUGGGUUCAACAUAGAAAUAAAAUGGAUCUGCCAACAAAGGGAUGGACAGUGGGAUGGCAACUUGUCAACUUACUUUGAUAUGAACCUCUUUCUAGAUAUUAUUCUAAAAACUGUUUUGAUGAAUGCUGGAAGAAGAAGAAUAGUAUUUUCUUCUUUUAAUGCAGAUAUUUGCACAAUGGUUCGGCAUAAGCAAAACAAGUAUCCUGUGUUAUUUCUCACUCAAGGAGAAUCUAAACUCUAUCCAGAACUUAUGGAUCUUAGAUCUCGUACAACUCCAAUUGCCAUUACUUUUGCACAGUUUGAAAACUUGCUGGGAAUUAAUGUGCACUCUGAAGACCUACUGAGGAAUCCAUCAUUUAUUAAAAGGGCCAAAUCUAAAGGUCUAGUUAUUUUUUCAUGGGGUGAUGAUGCAAAUGAUCCAGAUAACAGGAAGAAGUUGAGAGAAUAUGGUGUUCAUGGGCUAAUAUAUGACAGGAUAUAUGACUCGAAUCCUGAACAACCAAAUAUAUUCCAGGUUGAGCAGCUGGAACGACUCAAGAAAGAAUUACCAGAGUUGAAAAGCUGUGUGUGUCCCACAGUUAGCCACUUUAAAUCCCUAUCUCCGUGUAAAUGUCAUCAUAGUUGCCUGGAAGAGAAAGCUGUAGAUAACUUGAAGAGUGUUCAAAUGCAAAAGGACUGAUUCUAGGCAGAGUGCUGUUUUGUAUCUAUUUAACUUUCACCAUUGGAACAGUGCUGUCUAUGCCGUCAGGUUCGUUUGUUUUAUUUUAAAGUCCCCAAAUCGCAAUAACUGUGUUCCUCCUUCCUGACAGUACUUCAAACAAUGUUAAAAUAUUCAGCUAGUCAUAGUUAUUGUUCCAGUUCACAUAUACAGUUUUAUCUUUUUCUGAUAAUCAAGUCUCAAAGCUUGAAAAAGAAAA